AUGAAGGCGCCUAUUCCAGGAUACGGAGUCUGGACUCCUCAGUGGAACUUCGAGGUCACACCUGGUGGACCCAACAUCACAUUUAAUGGAACAGUUGAAGAGGUGCUUGAUCAGCUUCAGGAAGUCAAUCCUAAGCUCAUGGCUUCGUUCAAUUUGAAAUCGACCAACAAUGAUUUGGCGACCGUCGACCCGAAAGAUUUCAAUGUCAAGUGUCAGGAUCCUAAGCUCCGAGCUGGCCGAGUGUAUGCUUGGCAGGAAGGAAUCUCGUAUCUACGUCGAGUGCCUGGUAAGCCGGUUGGUGGGCCUGGCCCAGGGGAAUGCGGCCGGGUCAGCUGUUCUUGGAACACCGGUAUAUGGUGGUGUAACGACGAUGAUAAGGAGAAGACUCUCGAAUCCUUCAGGGACAUUGCUGACGGCGCCCAAGCUGGCUAUCUCGAGUGUACCGACACUCGUUAUCAUGAAGUCUGGGCCAAUGGCCGGAUGACUCACAAGACGGAUAAUUGGAAUGUCAUUGUCGCCCUUGUCGACAUUGACAAGAAGGAGGAACGGUGCUGA